AUGCAAAUCACCAAUGCUUGGAAAAGGCUAUCAGCCAAACAACUCGGGUUUGUUAUCCAAACCUUUUCUCUGAUAGCAAUCUUUUUCGAGGGCUACGAUCAGCAGGGUGUUAUGGGAGGCGUGAAUGCCAGCCCUCGAUAUGUCCAAGAAGUGGACAUCGGCCUGCCAGACGGCACGGUAACGAACGUGACGAAACAAGGUGGCAUCGUGAGCAUAUACUACCUCGGUGCCAUUGUUGGGUGCUUCCUCGGGGGUUGGAUAGCAGACCGACUUGGGCGCAUUAACGGCCUAUUCCUUGCAGCCCUGUUCGCUUUGGUUGGAGGCGCUCUGCAAGCCGCGACGCAGAGUGCCAGUUUCAUCCUGGUAGCUCGCGUCGUGACGGGACUUGGAACUGGAGCGCUGACCGGUAUCACUCCCGUCCUCAUUGCAGAAGUGUCGAACGCAACUCACCGCGGUGGCAUGCUCGGCUACGUCUUCAUCGCCAAUUACCUCGGAAUUUCCAUCGCAUAUUGGUUGUCAUUUGGCCUCUCAUUCAUUGAUAAUGGAUAUUCCGACAUCCGGUGGAGAUUCCUCCUCGCUUUUCAAUGCAUACCUGCAUUGCUGCUGCUGGCAGGCAUCAGACUGCUCCCAGACUCGCCUCGAUUCCUCGCCUCAAAGGGUCGCAAUAAAGAAGCCAGGGAAGUCUUGCAGCACAUACGUGGAAAUGUGGACGUCGAAGUCGAGUUUCAGGAGAUCUGUGCCAUGGCAGAGCACAGCAAGCCAAAUUCUCCCAUCGAAUUCGUGAAGAUACUCUUUGGUAUUGGGCAGCAAUACGCACCACAUCUCUCUCGUAGAGCUUGGCUUUGCCUGUGGCUCCAGAUCAUGGCUUCAUGGACCGGCAUCACUGCCGUGACAGCCUAUUCGCCUGUUCUCCUAAGCCAGGCUGGCUACAGCACUCUCAAGCAGAAUGGCCUUGCCGGCGGCCUCAACACGAUUGGUAUCGUUGGUACGAUUAUAUCUGCGCAGUUGGUGGAUCGAAUAGGGCGUCGUAUUUGUCUGAUGGGAGGAGCCGCAGGCCUGUUCUUGGUCAACCUCAUCGCAGCAAUCCUUUACGAGGUAUCCCUUCACAGGCCCUCGAUAUCCGGAAGCAUCGCUCCGGCAGCGGUGACCAUGCUGUUCCUUUUCAACCUCAUCUAUGCCAGCACUUGGGGUGCGGUCGCCUUCCUGAUCCCGACUGAAAUAUUUCCCAACGAGCUCAGGGCCCAAGGCAAUGGAUUCGGUAUCGCUGGGUGGGCAAUUGGUGUUGGCAUGACGGUGCUCGUAAACCCCAUAAUGUUCGGCGACAUAAAGAGUCGAACCUAUUUUCUCUUCGCGAGACUCAAUCUUCUCUGGAUUCCAAUCGUCUUCUUCCUCUACCCCGAAACAUCCAAGAGAUCAUUAGAGUCAAUCGAGGCCAUGUUCUCGUCCUCGUCACCGCUUUUCAAAGAUAUGGAACAGGCGUAUCGCUCGGUGAACAAAGACUUUGGGGUUGUUGCGGAUGGAGUUGAGCCAGAAAAGAGCUCUUCAUAUGUCGAAGAACAUGUAUGA